AGGAAAGCAGGGGGGCGUGGUCACGGCGGGACUUGCCCGGGCAUGUGCGCGCGGCGGCUUCCGGGCCGGACACGUGUGAGCGGCGCCGGGAGCGCAGGAAUGCCACCGGGCAAAGGACAGAUGACCGCACUGCUGCCCGCCCCGAAGGUCUCCGUGCCCACGCUGCAGGGCGCCCAUGGGGGCUGCGCUCAGGCCCCGAAGGGUCCCGGCUCGCCGCAGGCUCGCAACAAGAAGAAGAGCCGUAAGCACCAGCGAUUCAUGGCGCGCCGGGCUGUGCUGGAGCAGAAGGGGCUGCUGAGCCCCCAUAGGCACCCGGGCAAUCAGACCCCCGAGGUGGGGCUGGAGGCACGCACUGAACUCACCGAGACCACGGCACCGCGCUGUGACAAGGUCCCCAAGCCCAAGCAGACCGUGUCCUCAUCCCUGUCUCCAUCUGCCUCUCCAGACAGUAUAGCCAGGCACCACUCCGUGCUGCUGUCCCAGGGGAACGGCAGCUCCGGGAGGGUGCGGACGUCCUCCCUGGUGCUGCGCCCGGGCAAGUACGUGGCCAUCGACUGUGAGAUGGUGGGCACGGGCCCUCAGGGUAAGCUGAGCGAGCUGGCACGCUGCUCCGUGGUGAACUACGAGGGGGAUGUCAUCUAUGACAAGUACGUCCGGCCCGAGCUCCCCAUCAUGGACUACCGGACGCGCUGGAGCGGCAUCACCAAGCAGCACAUGAAGAAUGCAAUUCCCUUCAAGGCUGCCCAGGCUGAGAUCCUGAAGAUCUUGAAAGACAAGAUUGUGGUAGGACACGCCAUCCACAAUGACUUCCAAGCCCUGAAGUACUUCCACCCGAAAGACAGGACUCGAGACACCAGCCAGAGCCCUGCACUGAAGAAAAGAGCAGGGCUGCCCGUCAGAGCCAAUGUCUCCCUCAAGAACUUGGCCAGGCACCUGCUCCAUAAAAAGAUCCAGGUGGGCUGCAAAGGACACUCGUCGGUGGAGGACGCCCAGACAGCCAUGGAGCUGUACAGACUGGUGGAGGUGCAGUGGGAGAAGGAGCUGGCCCACAGCCUGCCCCCCCGGCCCCCCAGCCCCAUCACAGACCCUGCUGCAGACAGCAGCCAGUACCUGGAUGACCAGUACUGGCCCACAGAGCUGAUGGCAAGCAGCCUGUGAUGGGGAACAGUGUUUCCUCUGUGUGUUUUGGGCCAUCCUGGUGCCUGUUAAAGGUGGAGGUGACUGCUAGCCUCCUCCCCUGGGGCUCGUGCCCAGCACUGCUCUGCUCAGGGAUGGAGACAUGGUGACACCUGGACACAAGCAAUCUCCCAAAAAUGCUGUCUGCAGCCUAGAGCUGUCACACAGAAAUCAGGGCUGUGACUGCACCGUGUUCAUUUGUCACUUGGGGAUGAGCAGGUCCUGUGUCAGCCUGGAGGAGCUUUUGUGGGCCUGUAAUGGGGGCUUCCAGCACCCUCCAUGCCUUCUGUGGGGUUGUCCUCCUCCCAGACAGCAAGGGGCAAGUUUUCCUGUGCAGGGACCGAGGUGUUUUG